AUGGCGUCCGAACUACUCGUUAACCGUUGCUUUGACGAGUUUAUUCUUGAAUGCUGUAGUUCAGACCGUCCCUCUUCUUCUGCCGUUCUUCAUCGUCCCCGCAAGAAGAUCUCCGCGUUCGUGAAUGCAAUGGCCGCAGCGAGAGCUUCGUCACCACAAAGUCCUAGUAAACACAUUACGGUCGUAGACGUCUACGACUUGGCAGCGUCCAUCGGCAACGACUUUGAGAAGCUCAUAGACAAUUAUGGAAAUGAGUGCGUACGUGGAAUCAUGCCAAAGGUCAUUUCUGCUUUGGAAACACUGGAAGCCAUGGCUGCCGGAAACGACCGAGAGAACGAAGAAAUAAUGAGGUUAUCAAAAGCUGUUGAACGAUUGGAACAGGAAAAACAUCAGAGAAAUCAGCAGCACUUGAAAUUUGAAGAAGAACUAGAACAAGUAGAAAAAACCUAUCGGAAAGAUAUCGAUGAUCUGCAACAGAUGGUGAAAAAUCUGGUAAAUGAAAAUCGCAAUCUCUCAACGACGGUCUCAUCCCUUCCUACUAACAGUGAUAGCCCUGUGAGCAGUUCAAUGCGAGAAGCCGACUUGAAAAUGCUUUUGGAAUUAAAAGAGAUGUCAUCUCAACAAAAGAACGAAAUAAAAGCACUUCAAAAAGAUGUAGAUACUUACCAGUGCCAAGUAGAAAACCUCCAAAACUCUAUUGAGAAACUGAUUCGUCAGAACGAAGAGUUAUUAAGAAAAAAUUCCUCACUCCAGAAACAAGGACGAGUUAUUGUCGAAGAAAAAAUGGAGGUUUUGAAACGGUUAGAAAAAACUGAAGAAUCUAAUAUUGAGCUCAAAAAGCUCGUCAAAGAAACGGACCGAGCUUGUAAAGAUAUGCAAAUAGCUAAUCAGGAUAACAAUGAACCCCGUUUCACAUUGGGUGAAUUACGAGAAGUUAUAAAAGAGAAGAACAUUUUGAAAGGGCGCGUUAUGGAGCUCGAAGAAGAACUUGAGCAAUUCAAGCCUGGUGCCAAGAAAGAAAUAAUGAGAUUAGAUGAUGACGACGACUCGGAUAGAUUAGCUCCAAAUUCGGACAAUGCAAACAGUCCCGGUGUUGAUGGUGAUGAUUUACCAGUUUAUGGUCCAAUGCCAAAAGAGCCCGAUGAGAAACUGCACCCAUGGAAGUACGAGAGGAAAGACUCGGGAGUUCGAAAAUUUUUCCGAUUCUUCAAAGACUUUGGCGCGACAGCUUCGCCCCGUCGAGGAUCAUCUGCGAACGCGUCUCCUCGUCUACCGGCUCGUGCAAUCCCACCUUCACUCAACUAA